AUGGGGGGCUAUAGGGACCUGUGGGGCGGCUAUGGGGGGUGCCCCCCCAGCCCCCCAAGUCUCCCUGAGCCCCUCUCGGGACCCCCAACUGUCCCCCUGGGACCCCCAAGUGCCCCCCAGCCCCCCAAGUGCCCCCCAGGUCCCCCCUGCCCCCCGCUCCCCCCCCCCCAGGUGCGGCACCUGCUGGAGGAGGCCCCCCCCGCGCUGCCCCCAGCGCCGCCGCUGACGGUGCCGCCGGAAGCCAUCACGCUGCGCGAGGCCGAGCCCCUGGCGCCGCCCCCCGUCGAGGCGGAGCUGCCGGAGGUGACGGCGCGGGAGCUGGAGCUGCUGGCGGAGGCCGAGGCCGAGCUGCUGCCCCCCGUGGAGGAGCUGCCCGAGGAGGUGCCGCCGCCCCCCCCCCGCGUGCCGAGGCCCCCGGAGGAGCCCGUCCUGCCCCCGCCCCCCCCGAGGUGCCUGUGGGGCCGGGGGGGACGCCCCCCCCGCCGCCGCCCCCCCCUCCUCGACCUCCAGCCCCAGCUGCCGCCCGAGACGCUGCGAGCGCAACUGCUGCUGCCCCACGGCCACUGCCGCCCCCUGGUGCUGCUGGAGCCCCCCGCGAAGAGGCGCCGGAGCCCUGCUGAGCUGCUGCGCGCCCCGACCUGUGGUUGGCUCCCCUCGGAGCUGGAGCCGCUGUGGAGCCGCUGCGCCCGCCCGGGGCCCCCCGUGGCCCCGCCCCCCCCGGAGAUCCCCAGCGAGGUCGAGGUGCCGCGUGAGGCGCUGGAGCCCAGCAUCCCGGCGCUGCCCGUCUCGGAGAUCUCCCUGGAGGUGACGGAGGAGGAGCUGCGGCCCCGGCUGCCCCCCCCCGAGGAGCGGCGCCCCCCGGCGCCUCCCGCCCCCCCGGCGCUGCCCGAGGUCCCCGAGGGGCCCGAACCCGAACUGCCGCCCGGCCCCGCCCCCAGCAUGGCCGACCUGCGCAGGCAGGUGCUGGCGGAGCUCUCCCGCACUGGGGGGGCGGCUCUGACCUCGCUGCUGCCCCCCGGCGCCGCCCGGGACCUCGUCAGCCGCCUCUUCGCCCUGCUGCUGGAGCUCUGCGGCGGCCGAGUCGUGCGGCUGGAGCAGGCCCGGCCCUACGGCCCCAUCGCCGUGGGGCUGGGCCCCCGCUUCCCCCACCCGGCGCCGCGCUGAGGGGCGGGGCUGCCCCACGGACGCCCCACGGACGCCCCACGGACACGCCAAGCCCGGACCCACGGAUACGCCAAGCUCAGCCCCACGGACACGUCAAUCCCAGCCCCAUAGAUACAUCAAUCCCAGCCCCAUGGACGCGCCAGGAUCGGCCUCACGGACACGUCAGUCCCAGCCCCAUAGAUACGUCAAUCCCGGCCCCAUGGAGGCCCCAUGGACAGGUCAGUCCCAGCCCCACGGCGACGCCAUGGACGCGUCAAUCCCGGCCCCAUAGAAACGUCAAUCGCAGCCCCAUGGAUGCGUCAAUCCUGGCCCCACGGACACGUCAGUCCCAGCCCCACGGCGACGCCAUGGACACGUCAAUCGCGGCCCCAUGGAUGUGUCAAUCCCGGCCCCAUGGAGGCCCCACGGACACGUCAGUCCCAGCCCCACGGCGACGCCAUGGACACGUCAAUCCCAGCCCCAUAGAUACGUCAAUCGCAGCCCCAUAGAUACGUCAAUCCUGGCCCCACGGACACGUCAGUCCCAGCCCCACGGCGACGCCAUGGACACGUCAAUCCCAGCCCCAUAGGUACGUCAAUCCCAGCCCCAUGGAUACGUCAAUCCCGGCCCCAUGGAUGCCCCACGGACAGGUCAGUCCCAGCCCCACAGAUGCACCAGGAUCGGCCCCACGGACACGUCAAUCCCGGCCCCACGGCGACGCCAUGGACACGUCAAUCCCGGCCCCACGGAUACAUCAGUCCCAGCCCCACGGAAGCCCCACAGACAUGGCAGUCCCGGCCCCAUAGAUACGUCAAUCGCAGCCCCAUAGAUACGUCAAUCCCGGCCCCAUGGAGACACCACGGACACGUCACUCCCAGCCCCACGG